UUACCCAGAAAUGGCGCAAUGGAUCCAUAUUAUGUGCAUUUUCAUUUUGGCUGUAUAUUCGUCAAAAGCGGAACAAUUUUCCACUUUUAUGAGUGAAACAGAAGUGAACCACCUAAUGGUUUAUGAAAACACAGGUUCUGUUUACGUAGGAGCAGUUAACCAUGUUUACCAGCUUAAUGGGAACCUAGAAUUGCUUGUCAAUAUCUCAACUGGACCAAAAAAGGAUGACAAAAAAUGUACACCUCCUAUUGAUCAAAACCAAUGUCCAAAUGCUGUUCUUAGUGACAAUUAUAAUAAGCUGCUUUUACUAGACGUGGCAAAAGAACGGAUAGUUGUAUGUGGAAGCCUAUUUAAAGGAAUUUGUUCUCUAAGACAAUUGAAUAAUUUCUCUAAAGAGAUUUCUUAUGAUGACAGCAGAGGAGAGAAAUCUUUUGUUGCCAGCAAUGAUGAGAAGGUAGAAACUGUGGGACUAAUAGCAGACAUGACAAAAGAUGGACCACGAGUUCUCUUCGUUGGGAAGGGCACAAGCCAGCAUGACAAUGGGAUCAUUAUCAGCACACGAAUACUUGAUGAAAUGGAUGAUAAAGGCCCUUUUGAAACCUAUACUGAUUCUGCUAAUUUGAAAUAUGGCUCGGCCUCUGCCAACACACAGCAGUUUAUCACCGUCUUCGAAGAUCCUCGACGUGUCUAUUUCAUUUCUAGCCGAUUGGAUAAAACCUUACAUAAAAACCGCACACUAAUUACCCGAUUGUGUAAAUCGGAUUAUAACUAUUUUUCGUAUGUUGAGAUGGAUCUUGGCUGCAAAGACCAGAACAACAUUCCUUAUAAUAUCUGCACUUCUGCUUUCCUUGCCAGUCCAGGACAGGAGUUGGCUGAUGCAAUGAAACUCUCCAAUGUCCAGGAUAAGGUUCUCUUUGGAGUUUUCAGCACUUUUAUCAAUAAUCGAGAGCAAUCUGCUGUAUGUAUGUUUUCACUGAGUGACAUUAACCAGAAAUUUGAGCAAAAUCGGGAAGAAUGUUACACCAGCUCUUCGGAAUCCGUAAACCAAGAUGGCGAGAGCAUAUUUUCAAAGCCAUUCGGUGAUAAAAUAGGCUGUGGUGGAAAACAGUCUUCAAAUAUAAAUGAGUCCGUGAAAUAUCCUUGUGGAUCAGAACACUUGCCUUACCCUCUACAGAGCAGAAAUGGUGUCACUGCAAAAGCUGUACUUGUCCGGGAGACUAACCCUUUUACCUCUAUAGCAGUGUCUGUUGAGAAUGAGCACACUAUUGCCUUCCUUGGUACAGCUGAAGGAAAACUGGUGAAGGCUCAUGUUGGGAAUAAUGCAAGAGAGUACAGGACAGUUCCGUUUUCUAUUACAAGUAGUGUGAAGAAUGGAAUGGUGUUCGAUGCUGCCAAGGAACAUCUUUAUGUUAUGACUAGAAAAAAGGUGCACCGUGUUCCUGUUCAGCAAUGUGAUCGAUAUUCAGACUGCAAUGAUUGUAUUCAGGCCAAGGAUCCCUACUGCGGCUGGUGUGUCAUAGAAGGAAGAUGCUCAAGAAAGGAGAGCUGUGCACGAGCUAAUGACCCAAACCACUGGCUGUGGAGUCCUGCAGGUGUUUGCAUGAAGAUUGAAAGUGUCAGCCAAAGUAAUAUGAGUAUUAAGGAACUUGGGGAUGUGAGGUUAACUGUGAAGCCACCUAUAAAACUUUAUGAUGAAGACCAGCUAAUAUGUGAUUUUGGAGGAAAUGUCCAGGCAGCCAUAUUGCAAGAGGAUGGAAGUAUUUCGUGUCCACAGCCAGAAAAGAUUCCAGAUAAUGAACGCGGCAAAGAUUUUGUGGAUGUUCCUAUUACCCUUACCAUUAGAAAAGAGAAGAGAAAUGUGUUCUUUGCUAAUUAUUCCUAUCAGUUCUAUAACUGUGCAGAAUCCGCUUACAUCUCUGAAAAUGUGCCGUGCAUCUCUUGUGUGAAUACUAAGUGGAAAUGUCAGUGGGACACAGUCAAGCACAAAUGCGUUGAUUUUCAAAGUGAGCCAGUCACCAUC